UACAGAGACGCCUGACCUGCCAUCCACCCAUCCAUCCCUCCUUCCAUCGCAUCUUUCUCACAUUUGUCCGUGCCGUGCCGCGUCUCAAUCUGACAAGCAAACAAACUUUAUUACCAUUACAUCUCACAUUCUUCAUCUAUUCUCCGACGUCUCGCAGCUGCCGGUACUUUGGAUAUCGUGAGAGAUUUAUAUUACCAAGCCUCACAAAAGAAAAGAAAUGGCCGCAGAAGCUGCAGAUGCGGGGGAGAAGAUCGCCGUCGUUGUCGAGUUCUCCGGCGGCCUGGAGAUGCUCUUCUCUGAUCAGCGGCGUCACGCUCUCUCUAUCCCGGCGGUGAACAAGGAAGGCAAGCCCGCAAACAUUGCCUUUCUCAUCAACCAUCUAUGCGAGAACACGAUGAAGGACUCCAGGAAGGAGCUUUUCGUCCUCGAUGGUCAUCUUCGCCCUGGCAUCCUUGCCCUCAUCAAUGACGCAGACUGGGAACUUGAAGGAGAGGAGGCGUACGAAGUCCAAAGCGGUGACAAUAUCCUAUUCGUCUCGACGCUUCAUGGAGGUUAAACGGCGAGGGGGGCGUGGGUGACCUUUCUCGCGGGCCAAUGACUCCUCCUUUCAACAUGAGGGGCCCUGCAAGUGUUGCGGCCGUAUC